AUGGGCCAUAGGCUUUUCAACGCCAACGCCAGCGCCGGCACCAACGAAGAGAGCGACAAAGAUCUCGGCAACAGGGAGCUAUCAGAUGACUCUUGCACACAAGACAAGUGCGAACUUUGCGAGCUGGCUGACGAAUCUAUCACUGUGAUCGACGCUGAUCUCUAUAUGACUUUGCACUCCGUUAACCAAAGCAUUGGUCGUCGUGAAAAGAUGCAAAUGGACAAGGAAGCUCUUGCAGAGAACCAGAGUCGUGUGCAUUUUCUCAAGUACGAAAGAGGAUACUUUGAGGGAGACCAGUCGGAAAUCGAAUGCAGAGAGUCUGACUGCAAGGCUCUGCAAGAGUUCAUCGAACACAUGGACAAACACUGA